UCACAGAGCACCACGAGCAGUAGCAUACAAAACCCUACAUCCACUUACUGUUUCCGUUUAGCUAGGUCCCAGGCAGCGCGCAAUGGCUUCCGGUCAGCAGGAGAGGUCGGAGCUGGACCGCAUGGCCCGCGAGGGGGAGACCGUCGUCCCCGGCGGCACCGGUGGGAAGACCCUCGAGGCGCAGGAGCACCUUGCCGAAGGGCGCAGCCGUGGCGGCCAGACUCGCAAGGAGCAGCUGGGCGAGGAGGGGUACCGCGAGAUGGGGCACAAGGGCGGGGAGACUCGCAAGGAGCAGCUGGGGGAGGAGGGGUACCGCGAGAUGGGGCACAAGGGCGGCGAGACUCGCAAGGAGCAGCUGGGGGAGGAGGGCUACCGCGAGAUGGGGCACAAGGGCGGCGAGACUCGCAAGGAGCAGAUGGGAGAGGAAGGCUACCGCGAGAUGGGGCGCAAGGGUGGGCUGAGCACCAUGAAUGAGUCCGGUGGCGAGCGCGCCGCCAGGGAGGGCAUCGACAUCGACGAGUCCAAGUUCAAGACCAAGUCCUAAAUGAUGUAUGCCAAGAUGUCCCGUGCCAGUAGCUAGCUACCGGUAGUAGCGAGCAAGCUGACUGCUGAAUAAAUGACGUAGGUCAAGAUCAGGUCUUGACAUAGGCGUGAGCACGCAUGUAGGCGAUCACAUGUACUGUGAUCAUGUGUGCUUUAGGUGUGUUAGCUUGUAGUAGGUUAUCAUGUGUGCUUAAGGUGUCCCAAGCUUGUAGUAGGUGUCGGUGUUGCUCGUAGUGUCAACUUGCUAAUGUAUGUCAGUCGUUGUUGAAUCCGAAUCUGCAUAUGUGUGUUCUUAAA